AAAAAUGAAACUCGGAAAAGGAGGAGCGGUUGACUUGCAAUAACUGAAAAGUUUCAAUCAUUUUACAAUCUUCCCACCGGAAACGAACUGCUUUAACAAUCUCCCCUCCUCUUUUCCUCCAUGAUCGCACUCCUUUCCCAGCUGAUUCAAAUUUGAAAUAUCCAGUCUCGCCGGGGAAAGCCAUGUCCGCGGUGGUGACCAUUGAACCUCUACUCCACCAUUGUUUCCGGCGAACUCCGGCACUGUAUUUGAAUCACCGGAAACCCUUCUCUUCUCCGCUGAAUUACACGCGGAGGCCGCUCUCGGUUUGCGCUUCGAGGUUGAGCCACUGCAAGUUCCGGCAUCCAAGGAGCGUUCUAGCUCUCGGAGCUAGCUCCACCGCCUUGGAAACUUCCGACGUCGUGUUCGAAGAAACUUUCGAUCUGAAACGGCCUCAAAGAGUAGAAGGAAAGAUAUCAAUUAGACUAGAUGGUGAGAGGGAUGAAGAGAAUUGGAAGCUGACUGUAGGAUGUAAUCUAUGUGGGAAGUGGGUUCUCCAUUGGGGUGUUCAUUAUGUUGGAGACUCUGGAAGUGAGUGGGAUCAACCACCUUUAGAGAUGAGACCACACGGAUCCAUUCCCAUCAAGGAUUACGCAAUUGAGACUCCUUUGAAGAAAUUGUCUGCAGCAAUGGAAGGAGAAUCAUUAUAUGAAGUGGAGAUUGACUUAAAUAUGAACAUCCCUAUUGCAGCAAUAAACUUUGUAUUGAAGGAUGAGGAAAGUGGAACUUGGUAUCAACAUAGAGGGAGGGACUUCCGAGUGUCACUCAUGGACUAUGCUCAUGCUGAUAGCAACGUGUUAGGAGAAAAACAGGGCUUUGGAAUAUGGAAAGGGGCACUUGGGCAACUGUCUGACAUGCUCCUUAAAUCAGAAGUAGAUCAUGCUAAAGGCCAAAAUAGAAGCACUGGCUCAAGCGAACCUGGGGAACAAACUAGACGCCGUGAAGGAUUCUAUGAAGAACACACUAUUGUGAAAGAGACACUUGUUGAACAUUCAGUCGUUGUCACAGUAAAAGAGUUUCCAGAGGCAGCCAAAAAUAUUUUACAGAUUGAUACUGAUUUACCAGGAGAUGUACUCAUUCACUGGGGCAUCUGCAAAGAUGAGGGCAGACACUGGGAACUUCCCCCUGAACCAUAUCCUACACAAACAACAAUAUUCAAGAAUAAGGCAAUGCGAACAUUGUUGCAGCAAAAAGAUGGUGGAUCUGGUUCCCAGGGAUCAUUUACUUUGAAUGAAAGAACUGUGGGAUUUCUUUUUGUAAUGAAGCUAAAUGAUGGAACAUGGUUGGACUGCAAGGGUAGUGACUUUUAUGUACCUCUUCCUAGGAGCACAAAAAUUAAAACAAGCUCCUCAGAGUAUGAAGUUGAGAUGGGAAAAGAGGAGGUGGGUUCUUUAGUGGCAUCUGGCCCUGCUCCUGAAUCAAAGGAGGUUUCAUUAUAUACAGAUGAAAUCAUUAAUGAUAUCAGAAAUUUGGUCAGUGACAUUUCUUCUGAAAGGAAUUUAAAGACAAAAGGCAAAGAUGCACAAGUGAGCAUUCUUCGUGAAAUUGAGAAGCUCGCUGCAGAAGCCUACAGCAUAUUCAGAAGCUCAACCCCAACAUUCUCUGAAAAUGAUUUGUUAGAAGCUGAUAUUUUUAAGCCUCCAACCAAAAUAUCUUCAGGAACUGGUUCAGGAUAUGAGAUCCUAUGCCAGGGCUUCAACUGGGAGUCUCAUAGAUCUGGAAGAUGGUAUUUGGAGCUACAUGGUAUGGCUGAAGUGUUGUCAUCACUUGGUUUUACCAUAGUAUGGUUACCUCCUCCAACAGAGUCAGUAUCGCCUGAAGGCUACAUGCCAAAGGAUUUAUAUAAUUUAAACUCUAGAUAUGGAAAUGUUGAUGAACUGAAAGUUAUUGUGAAGAGAUUCCAUGAAGUGGGGAUCCGAGUUCUUGGGGAUGUUGUCUUAAACCAUCGAUGCGCUAGUUUCAAGAAUCAAAAUGGAAUAUGGAACAUGUUUGGUGGUCGUUUGAAUUGGGAUGACCGUGCAAUUGUAGCUGACGAUCCACAUUUCCAGGGUAGAGGCAACAAAAGUAGUGGAGAUAAUUUCCACGCCGCUCCAAAUAUUGAUCAUUCCCAGGAAUUUGUGAGGAAGGAUAUCAAGGAAUGGUUAUGCUGGCUGAGAGAAGAAAUUGGUUAUGAUGGAUGGAGACUUGAUUUUGCUCGUGGGUUCUGGGGUGGCUAUGUUAAGGAUUAUAUGGAAAAAACUGAGCCUUACUUUGCUGUUGGGGAGUAUUGGGAUUCCCUUAGUUAUACUUACGGAGAAAUGGAUCACAAUCAAGAUGCUCAUAGACAGAGAAUUGUUGACUGGAUUAAUGCAACCAGUGGAACUGCUGGUGCAUUUGAUGUCACCACAAAGGGGAUCCUUCAUUCUGCAAUUGAGAGGUGUGAAUACUGGAGGUUGUCAGACGCAAAAGGGAAGCCUCCAGGAGUUGUUGGGUGGUGGCCCUCCCGCGCUGUCACCUUUAUAGAGAAUCAUGAUACGGGUUCUACUCAGGGUCACUGGAGAUUUCCAGGAGGAAAGGAAAUGCAAGGAUAUGCCUACAUUCUCACACAUCCCGGGACCCCCUCAGUUUUCUAUGAUCACAUCUUCUCAGGGUAUCAAUCUGAAAUAGGAUCUCUCAUCUCCCUUAGAAAGCGGAACAAGAUCAAUUGUCGGAGUACAGUCAAAAUAACAAGGGCAGAAAGGGAUGUUUAUGCAGCAGUGGUUGAUGAAAAGUUGGCGAUGAAAAUUGGACCAGGCUAUUACGAACCCCCUAGUGGACCCCAGAACUGGUCUGUGGCUCUUGAGGGCAAAGAUUACAAGAUUUGGGAAGCAUCAUAAGAGAAAUUGCAGAAGUGUCUUAUGUUUGAGCCUUCUAAUAACAAAGGUAUUCAAGUGUAUCUCCGACAACAAGGCAAACCAGUUCGCCAAGUAGAUGAGGACAACAAACGGAGUUGAGUGCAUGUGAAAUGCCUAGUGUAGCCGGGCACCCCCUUAUAUGUUUGUACUACUCAUUGUUAAUUAUCUGAAUAUACCAAUUGCUCAUGGUAUCAUAGCCUUUCUCCUAAUUUCGAAAAAAAACUUGAACCCUAGUCUCUGCUGCGGCUCUCUCUCCCUUGCGUCUUCAGCAGCGCCGCUCACCAGCACCAGCCUCCACGCUCAGCUGCGGAUCUCCAGUCUUCCUCCCUUUCCUGGAGGGCUAUAGGGAAGUUGUUUAUAGCAGGAGAAAUGGUUGGUUACAGGUUAGACUUCUGUGCUUUUAUUCGUGAGAUGUAUUAGUCUUUCAUAUUUAUGUAUAGACAAACUAUAUUGCCAUUGCAUUGUUUUAUUGCCAUUGCAAACAUAAUGUAUAAUCAAUAAAUGUAUCUAUU